AUGAGCGAACUCCAGAAAUCCUUCGCCAAAGCAAAACUGGCCAGCUUCCCCCAAGAAGCUCCAAUGUCCGAGCCGAUCGCCAGUGCGAGCGAGCCGCAGGAAGAAGAGGGCUCUUCUGCCUCGUCGCUCUCGUCCACAGGUACCCUUGUGCCGUCUCCGACUCGUCAUCUCUUCGCUCGGAAAGGCUCCAGACAAUCAUCAGACUCCCUCUCUUGGACGGAUUUCUUCAGCCAAGAGUUGUUUCUACCGGAAGACGUGGACGGCAGUCAUAUCAUCCAUCAUGCUUAUUUGACCCCUCCCUCUGAAUCGGGUCCUCUCUUUGUAAUGCACCAUGGGGCAGGCUCCUCAGGUCUGUCGUUCGCCACCUGUGCCGAAGAAAUCCGAAAGGCACUUCCCAAGGCAGGUAUCCUAUCCAUCGAUGCGCGGGGCCACGGUCGUACCACUAUAACAUCUAGCGCAAAUGAAGGAGGUGACCAGAAUCCCUCGUUGGCAGAAGCUGCACAAUAUGAAACGGAAGGGCAGACCGAGCUUGAUCUAAAGCUGAGCACGCUUAGUCGGGACCUAGUCUUCGUGGUCCGCCAGACACAACAGAAGAUGAGUUGGGAGACGUUACCAGACAUUGUGCUGGUGGGUCAUAGUCUCGGUGGAGCGGUUAUCACCGAUACAGCAAAGAAAGGGGAGCUGGGGCCUAAAGUGUUGGCUUAUGCUGUGUUGGACGUUGUCGAGGGGUCGGCUAUGGAUGCUCUUCAGAGCAUGGAGAAAUACCUCUCCACGAGACCAACUCGGUUUCCUUCACUGUCGUCUGGCAUCGAAUGGCAUACCCGGUCACGGACGAUCCGAAACACCAUGUCGGCUCGGGCGUCAGUCCCGUCGCUUUUAUACAAAGAAAGUGACAGCGCUGACAACAACCGGCCGUGGGUAUGGCGAACUAAUCUCUCGGCAACAAAGCCAUUUUGGGAGGACUGGUUCAUUGGGUUGAGCAAGAAGUUUCUCGAAGCUCGAGGGGGAAAGCUCUUACUUCUGGCCGGGACUGAUAGGCUUGACAAAGAGCUGAUGAUUGGUCAAAUGCAAGGCAAGUAUCAACUUCAAGUCUUUCCAGAGGCAGGCCACUUCGUGCAAGAAGACCAACCUGCCAAGACGGCGCAAGUCCUAGUGGAUUUCUACCGCCGCAAUGACCGCAGUGCUUUAGCGUCGGCUGCGAUGAAGCAAGCUGGUGUUUUGAAGACCAACCACUCGAAAUAG